GAGUCAUGGAGUUUAACAGCCGCUCCUUUACGUUCCUGGUUUUCCGGUUAUAGGGACAAAGAAAAGGAAUUCUUUUCCUCCUUGAGAAAUCAGUGUCAGUUCUACACGACCAGGUCGUUGUAACACAGUAUAUCGCGACAGGUAAUCUGGUACGUUCGUAUUCCUCAAAAGAUGAAGGGAAUUAUAGCUGUGUUCCUGUUAAUAUCGGUGGCGAACGCCGAUCCUUUUUGGGGCGGUUGGCCGCCUCUGUCAUCAGCUUGGAAUCGGAGAUUCGUACCUCAACCGCCAAAGCGGGUGCACGAUCACAAUCAUGGCUUCGGCGAGCCGGAUUACACACAAUCGCAACGCUGUCAAUUGUUAGAGAAUUUAUUCUCAAUGAAGCAGGAUUGCACUCUCGCGUCGAUUUGUCGUAACCCAGGAACGAGCGAUAUCAUAAUUAGCGAGCUGACUGAAUCACAAUUGAUGACUCUCAUCGAUCUGAAGCAAGACAGAUUUCGAAAUGAAAUGAGUAAUAAUAAUCCGAAUCCUUGUAAUGGAAUGUCUGAUAAAACAGACUUUGAUAAUAUGAAGAAUAACAAUGAGAAGGAUAAUUCGAAUAAUGAUGGAAAAGUUGUAGCAACUUCACCGAUACCUGUUACUACCUACGAGCCCGUAAUAACUACGUCUCCGCAUUAUCAUGGAGGGGAAGGGAUUAUCGAUAUUAGAAUAGGAGACGACGAUUAGAUAAGAUAUUCAGGGUCUAGAAUUCACAGAAAGUUUAUUUUUUAAAAUGUACUAAACAGAUACAUAAAAUAAUAAAUAAAAAAACAUACGUCAA